UCAGAUCCAGCCGCCCAUCGUCGAUGGUCCACCCUGUCACCAAAACGUAUGGAAAACAGUCCAGAGAAAAGUUUCGGCUCAGGCAACUUAUCCCCGUCAUCUACCGCAUCUAAGGCUUCAGGGAUGAUGGCCACCCGUAUCCGACGUCCAUGUUUCUCGAAUGAGGGCAUGGAUGACUUUUACAAACAAAUUAUUCAAUCGUUACAAUGCGGUGAAUCUACUGGUAUGGUUGCCAUUGAGGCGAUUUCCUGUCUCCCUUUCUGCGUGGCUCUCUUCCCAAACUGUCACUUGAUCAGCCUGUUGACUGGCACGACAACUACAGUCCUGAGUUUGGAUAAUACCUGCACAGUCACUUGGUCACGAUUUCUGCAAGAUUUGAUUUUUUCUCGUUCCGAAUUACUACGUUACGCGGGGCUGUAUGGCUUGUAUCAGAUGAUCACUCUAUCCCCAUUACCUACAAUUGAUUUACCCGAUCCGUUGCUUGGAGAUAUUUUUCUGAGCUGGACCUCGGAACCUACGUUACAUAUUGUACAACUGUUGUUUUCGUUUCUAUCCGAUAUCAUUCAAGUUCUUCUGUUCCCUGCACGUGAACAAACGGAUUUUCAACCUAUGGCGGACGCAGGUGCUUCUCUAUCCGACCAUCUGCUCAGUGGUGUUUUUGAACUACUUUUGGCUCUCGCCAAACGAGAUCCUUCAGCCGUACUUCUGCUUUCCUCCCAACUUUACUGCUCUUGUUUUCCCGAUGAUUUCGAUCUAUCCACUUAUUCCUGGCAGUACAGUCCUCCAGCUAUUCACAACCAAUCCAAAGGUAUUUCCCGCUUCGUUGGACUACGUAAUGGAGGUGCAACAUGUUAUAUGAAUUCCAUUCUUCAACAACUGUUUUCUCUCAUUCCAAUACGAAACGCCGUACUUGUAUCUCGCCCGGAGCAGCGGUUACAGCAGGAAACGAAGUCCGCAGAAAUAACCACGACGGUGGCUGAAGUGACGGCUACUGACAGUUCCGAAUCGGGUGCCCCCAUAGGCUCGGAUUCAACUGAAUUCUCCUCCGUUGCCUCCAACGGCACCACGCUCUCCACACAGUCUAGCCCGGACCAAAAGGAUGACGAUUCCAAGAAGAAGAAACUAACCGCUGAUCAAAUACAUCAUCUUAAAGUUCUUUUCCAUACCCAGUCGAUCUUCGGCCACCUGACACUCAGUUUGUUGCAGUCUUACAAACCGGUGGAAUUUUGGCAAGAAUUUCGAUUCUCAUCGGAACAACUAAAUAUCCGAGAACAACAUGACGCGGUCGAAUUCAUGCAAACCGUGUGCAACGAUUUGGAUGAAGCGCUUUAUCUAUGCAACAUGCCUAAAGCCGUUGAGCAGGUUCUCGGUGGCACAUUUGCGGACCAGAAACUGUGUAUUGACUGUCCGCAUCGUUAUUCACGAAAUGAGUCUUUCACCAUCCUCAGUGUCGAUAUACGUAAUCACACCAAUUUACUCCAAUCGUUGGAACAGUAUGUGAAAGGAGAUCGAUUGGAAGGCGACAAUGCGUACUGGUGUGAAGCGUGCAACGCCAAAGUAACUACACUGAAACGCAUGUGUAUUGAUCGACUGCCGCUGGUUCUGGCUAUUCAGCUGAAACGUUUCGAUUACGAUUGGGAUCGUGAUAUGGCUAUCAAGUUCAAUGAUUAUUUCGAAUUUCCGCGUGAGUUAGACAUGUACCCGUACACAGUACAGGGACUAGGUCAACACGUCCCUGAGGCCAAAAUGGCGUUCAGUGAGGUCGAUCCUCAAGAGCAGUCCGAAACGACCCAGUCUGGCACCAUUCCCCCACCCGGAUCGAACCUAUCAGUCAGUCCGGACCCGCAACCAGAAUCACAAGAACGGGAUAACAAUCCAACAUGUACACGGUACACGUUACGUGGUGUUGUUGUACACAGUGGUCAGGCCGGUGGUGGACACUACUACUCGUUUAUUCGACAAUAUUGCCCGAAAACUAAAACGUACCGUUGGUACAAGUACGAUGAUACUGAGGUGUCUGUUGUACCAAUGGACAACGAAGACGAAGCUCGGGCCCAGUGGUUUGGGGGUGAAGAUCCAUAUAGUUGGACCAGUAAACGGUGGUGGUGUGCUUAUAUUUUAUUCUACGAGCGUGAGGAUUUUCAGUCACAGUUACCAAGACUUUCUGUGGCCGGGGAUGCCGCUUUUUCGACCACAGCCAAUUCUGGUGUUACACCCCGUGUGAAAAAAAUUGUGCAUCGGGAGAAUGUGGAAUAUUUACACCAACAAAUGCAAUUCCACCCUCUGCUAUCUGACUUCAUUCUGAACAUGACACGAGCAAGCCUAGACAUGUGCGCCGUAAGUUGUCUCCAGUGGCCUCAAAGGUCUAUGCUUACCCCUUCACCUAUCGUUUAUCAUUCGUCUCUUUGA